UUCCUAGCAGUACUGCCUGCAUUUCCUCUCACCGUUGUUCCGCUGAAGCUUUGCACCAGGCCUACGUGUACGACAUGCCGGCCGCCGUGGCUGCCCCCGCCUCCGGCGACGCAAACGUUGUCGAGGACCUCUUCGGAUUCCUCCGCGUACUCAGCGACGGCUCCAUCAUCCGUUCGCCGGACGACCCGGAGUUCUCCCCAACCACUUUUCCCAGCGACCAUCCGAGCGUGCAGUGGAGGGACGCCGUCUACGACAAGGCCAACAGCCUCCGCGUCCGCAUGUACAAGCCGUCCGCCGGCGCCGAGCCGGUGGGCCGGAAGCUGCCGGUGCUCGUCCACUUCCACGGCGGGGGCUUCUGCCUCGGCUCGUGCACGUGGGGCAACGUCCACAGCUUCUGCCUCCGGCUCGCCACAGAGGCUGACGCCGUUGUUCUCUCCGCCGGGUACCGCCUUGCCCCGGAGCACCGCCUCCCCGCCGCUUUCGACGACGCCGAAGGCUUCCUAAAAUGGCUAAGCGAUCAGUCCGUAAACGCCGCCGCCUCCGACGGCUGGCUCACCGAGGCCGCAGACUUCGGCCGCGUGUUCGUCACCGGCGACUCCGCGGGUGGGACCAUGGCGCACCACCUCGCCGUGCGCGCCGGCUCGGCCACGCCCAAACGCGGCGAGGGCGACGUCGACCCUAUCACGAUCAAAGGGUACGUCCUGCUUAUGCCGUUCUUUGGCGGCGUCCACCGAUCGAAGUCGGAGGCGGUUGAGUUCCCACUGGAGGAGUUGCCGUUCGUCAACCUGGCCUUGCUGGACCAGUUCUGGCGGCUCUCGCUGCCUGUGGGCGCCAGCAGGGACCACCCUAUAGCCAACCCGUUCGGACCGGACAGCCCUGGCCUAGAUUCGGUGGAGUUCCCGCCGGUCCUCGUCGUCUCCGGCGGCACCGACAUUCUGCGCGACCGCAACGUCGACUACGCGGAGCGGCUGGCGGCGUUGGGCAAGCCAGUGAAGGCCAUCGAGUUCGGAGGCCAGCCGCACGGGUUCUACACGCUGGACCCGUGGUCAGAGACCACCGGCGAGCUGAUCCGGCUCAUCGCCCGGUUCAUCGUCGACAGCUGCGUCUUGGAGCCAAAGACCGCUUGAGUCGGUGCACACCGUGUACGUACGAGACUGGCGGCGAGUCCACGACUGCGGGUUAUCUGCAUAUCCUUAAUGUAAAUUUUCGUAUAUUGUCGUGUACAAGUUGCAGUUAGAACGCCGUGUCUACUUGUC